UGAGCACAGGUUGCCAUAGUCUGAAAUUCGCCAAAGUAUUUUAUAUUUUUACUUUUAUACACAACAUAAAGAAAAAAGUUUGUAAUAAAAAAAAUGCCGGUUGAUAUUAAAAACGUGUUGGUUUGCGAUGCAGUCGAUAGUGCCUGUGUGGAUCUUUUAAAGCAAAAUGGCAUCAAUGUGACAUAUAAAUUGAAAUUGCCCGUUGAGGAACUAUGCAAGGAAGUUAAAAACUAUGAUGCUGCUAUUGUACGUUCCGAUACAAAGAUCACCAAACAAGUUCUGGAAGCUGGAGCUGGUAGUUUGAAAGUUGUUGGCCGUGCAGGCGCCGGUGUAGAUAAUAUUGAUGUUCCCGCUGCUACAGAUAACAAAGUUAUUGUAUUAAACACCCCAGGAGGCAAUUCAAUUUCGGCUUGUGAAUUGACAUGCAUACUAAUUGGCACUUUGGCACGUCCCGUUGUACCGGCCGUCCAGAGUAUGAAGGAGGGACGUUGGGAUAGAAAACUAUACAGUGGCAGUGAAUUGUAUGGCAAGACAUUGGCUGUUUUGGGUUUGGGACGCAUCGGUCGUGAGGUGGCUGCACGCAUGAAAACCUGGGGUAUGCGUGUUAUUGGUUAUGAUCCCAUUACGACAGCGGAAGAAGCUAAGGCUGUGGGUAUUGAGAAAAUGGAAUUAGAUGAAAUUUGGCCUUUGGCUGAUUACAUUACAGUGCAUACCCCACUCAUACCGGCAACAAGAAAUCUCAUCUCCACCGAAACCUUAUCGAAAUGCAAAAAAGGCGUUAAAGUUGUUAAUGUAGCCCGUGGCGGCAUCAUCGACGAACAAGCCGUUCUCGAUGCCCUCGAAUCGGGUCAAUGUGGUGGCGCCGCCUUUGAUGUCUACGCCGAAGAACCACCCAAGUCCGAAGUAACCAAAAAACUAAUUAACCAUCCCAAAAUUGUGGCCACUCCCCAUUUGGGUGCCAGCACCGGUGAGGCCCAAGUACGUGUAGCCGUUGAAGUAGCCGAACAAUUUAUUGCCUUGACUGGCAAAUCGAAAACUUACACCACAUACCCGGGUGUAAUAAAUCGUGAUGUUUUGUCUAAUUAUCAGUAGAAAUCAAAGGCCUCUCAGUGGGGGGUUCAUUAUAAGGGGUCAUUAAGCUAGAAAAAAAAACAACCAGCUUGAUGACGACCACGAUAAUGUUGUCUUUGCCACUGAAUUACACAAAUUGCAUCAGUUUUAUUUACAUUCAUUCAUACGUCCAUUCAUUUGAUUUGAUUAAGAAAUUACUUAUCACUAGAAUUUUGUUUACUUCGAAAUUGUUUUUUUUAUUUUUACAUUUUUUUCCUUUUAUUACAAUAUAAAAAAACACAGUUUAUUUUUCAGUGAAAAAUAAUACAUAUUAAAAUAUGUAAAUAAAAACAUUGAAAACAAAAAUAAAAUAAUAA